AUCACCACCACCGUCGGCAACUUCAAGCAGUCUCAUCCACCACCAUCAAGCAAUUUAUAAGUUUUUAACACCAUAGCCGCCUCAAUCUUACUUUCCACCACUCAUAAACCACUCCAAAGUCCAAAUUAUUUCUACCCGCACCUACAAACGCAAUCAAAUCCACCACUAUCCUUUUAUAUAUGUUUCUCGAAACCAUCAUUAUCGUAAUCGCCACUGUAAACUCACCAAAACAACUUACCACCACUAAUGCCACCAAGAACCCAUUAGCACCAUCAAAUCACAAUCAAAUAUUCUUUAAAAAAAAAUCUAAGAUAAAAAUUCGACCCACUAUAUGAGGUGAACUUAGAAUCCAUAAAAGCAACUUCAAAAAGCUUCCAAGAGUUCGGACAAGUCAUUGAAGACAACCCUGGCAACGAUGAAUUAUUUGGCCCCGCCAUUGCUGCUCAUCUCCACCUAAACCGAAGUGUCGUGAGGAUUGGAAUAUGAAAGGAAUGUGAAAUUAGGCGUGGAAGGGAUGAAGAAGUGAAUAAAUGGGAAGGGGAACAAUUCAAUUAAUUUAAAUCAAUAACAAUUAGAUAAGGAUCUUUUAUUUUAGGGGAGUAAUUGAAGUUGGAGUUUGUAUUUUCUUUAAUAGAAUCAGAUAUUUCCAUUCCAAACCAGAUUUUGACCGGGAUUCGUGGCGGGCUUUUUGUCAUUUCAGAUGAAUCACCGUUUGACAUUCCGGUCCGUCUGAUCAAGGGAGGUUCUUGAUAUUUCUUAUACCUUGAGGGUGUUUUAGAUAAUGGGCUGAAGCUUGAGGGUGUUUUUGAUAUUAGCCCUUUUAUUAUUGUUCACAGGAAAAAAAUGAAAAUAAUUUAAACAAACUGAAAAACAUUUUCUCUGCAUAAUAAACCGUAUACAAUAUGUGUGUAUGUGUGUUUUUUCUUUUUUUUUCCCCCUUCCUUUCUGGCUUUGAUUUAUUUCCAAAGUAUGUUUUUUUCUGUAAGAAAAAACAAAGAUAAAAAGAAGAAUUGGUAUAUUAAAAUUGAUUAUUAUAAGAUUAAAGGAGAAAUUGGUAAAUUGAACUGAUUAAGAAAGUCCGGAGGUUUUAUGGUUUUAAGCUGUGGAAAGGGUUUAGGGUUUAUGUCCUCUCUGUCUUCCCCCAUUUGAAUUUGCAGGGAAGAGCCACCGUAAACGGAGCUCCGACUAUGGCGGUGGCAGCAGAAGUCGACGACACUACGAUGGCGGACGAAUCGCGUAAAGAAGUUACAUUCGUCAAUGAAGUAUCUCUUGAUGCCAAGCUUAUCGAACUUCUUCGCAACUUAACUUCCACCCAAUCAAAACUCAGUGUGGAUGCUUCAAAGGAAUUCAUAAAGCUUCUCAAAUCCGAUUCCGGUUCCAAAAUCCUCAGUUCUUAUAUUCAAUCAUCAUCGAGGUGUGCCGAGUUUCUCAAAGCUUGGGACCUCCAAAAAGGCAAGCCAGAGUUUUUCCAGUUAUUGAAUUUGGUUUCUGCUGUUUUGGGCCAUCCUUUUGGGAGGAGUAGUGAUAAUUUGAUUAUAAGUAGUGCGUUGGAUAAGUUUGCGCGGGAAAUUAUCAUGGACAAAAUGGAGGAUUUGUAUACUGAGUUGAAUUGUAAGGAGGCUAAAAGGCAGAGAGCUGUCUUGUUGUUGUUGGCUUCUGUAGUUAGGCGCGGGACGGGUUUGGCGUGGGAUGUGUUGAAGCGUUUCGAUUUUAAGGUCGCGAAUUUUACGAAGCUCUCUGAGUGGAAAGCUAGGCUUCAGAAUGAGGAGAAGACGAGAGGGAGGCGGAAUAAGGAGAGGAGGAAAGAGAGGCAGAAUGUGGUGAAGAGGAAGUAUUUGACUAGGGAGGAGUUUGUGGGGUUUGCUAUGUCCUUUCUGGAAGUUGCUAAUCCGCGGUUAUUUAGGGAGAUUCUGCAGCAGAAAGAUAUGUAUUCGGGGGUGCUUCGUGGACUGGGGACUGAUGACGACGAGAUUGUGGUUUAUGUUUUGUCGACAUUACGUGACAGAGUGCUCGUUCCAGAGUCAUUGGUUCCACCGGCGCUUAGGAGUGUGUUGUUUGGGAGUGCAACAUUAGAGCAGUUGAUUGGCAUUUCCGGAGGGGAGGAUGGUGGUGUUGCUGCAGACCUAGCUCAUAGUGUUCUAUUAAAAGUGUGUACGGACCCCUCUAAUGGGUUAAUGCCUGAUUUGGAGAGAAAGCCUAGUCCUUUGAAAGGAAACAUGAAGCGGUUGUUGGAUCUUAUGAAAAAACUGAACCCUACUAAGGUUGACUAUCAUAAAGAGCUGCUUUUGGCUAUCGUGAAAGGGAGGCCUGCCUUUGGUUCUGCUUACUUGGAUGAGUUCCCUUACAAUGUGCAAGAUCAAUCAUCACCUAACUGGUUAGAACUUUUCAUUCUCGAGCAAUUUGGAUUUUUUUUUUCUUUCAUGUGCAGUUACUGAAGUACUUGCAGGCCUUUUGCAAUUUCUCUUGCUGCAGAUGUUGUGUCUUCAGUGGGUGAUGGACUUAGGUUUGAGUUUGUUGAUUCACAGUCUCAGGAGCCUCCAUCGUUUGGCAGUUCAGUUGUUCAGGAUGUUGUGAAGUGCAUAGGACCGCGCCCAUUUACGCAAUCGUUGAUUAGUAGAGGAUUGCUACAGCCUGAUCCUCUUGUGAAACAUGGGGCUCUGAAGCUUGUAUUAAUGGAACUAAAGCUUCUUGAUUCUCUCAUUUCUACUCUAAAAGGCGUGCCCACUUCUCUUGACCAAAAGUGGGCUUCUCUCCAGCAUGAUGUUCAGAAUGCAGUCCAGAUUGUACUUCCUAAACCCCAGGUGUUAUAUGAUCUACUUCCCUCUCUAAAUGGAAAUUUCAAGAGUAGUAAAAAACCUACAAAGAGGACUGCAGAAGAGGAUCUUGACUCGGAGUGUUUGAUUGACUGGAAGAGGUUAAAGAAUAGCACCUUAAAUGAGGACAAUGAUUUUGUUGUCAGUGGGGUUGAUUUUGUCCCAGAUGAUGGUUUGAUUGAGAGUGAUGGAGCUCCACUCGAUUAUGAUACCAAUGAAUUGAACAACAGCGUGGAUUUCUUAAAUCAUGUAAAGGAAAUUUGGGGCUUGCUAGGCUGUUCAACUGAGGAGACUGCCAUUAAACAUGGAGAAUCAUUCUUUUUCUCUAAGUUGCUUGAUGCUCUCAAAAUAUUUCAUGUAAGAUAUUCGCUUUUAGUAUCUUUGUCUGGAAACAAAUUUUGGGUGUUUCGAGGGAAAGAGCUUUUGGAAUCAGACCUAUUCAUUCUUAGCAUUAGGAUAAUUGGCCUAUUUGUUUGUUUUCUCAGAAAUGAAUAGUCACGGAAUGGUUGUGGGUGCUGGUAUUUCUGUUGCUAACACAGUGCUAUCAUUAUCUCUUGCAGCGGGCUUUGCCUUCUGCUACUGCAGGGUCAUUUGAUUUCUUUAAGUUUCUUUCCAGAAAAUUGUUGGAAUCACCAACGAUUGUGCAGCGAUCUUUAUUGUCCCUGCUUGUAGAUCAAGUUGUGGAGAUACGCCAGCAUGACAUCUCCUUUAAAACUCCGCCCGAGAUGUAUAAGCAUCUGGAUUCAUUCAUCAAUUUGGUCAUGUAUUCCCCAAGACGGGACAUAAAGGAUUGGGCUUACACCCUAGCACAGGCAGCAAUGUUUAGUACUGGUGCAUUUGACAUAAAUCCCGGGGAAAUCAGUACUUGGUUACUAUUUAUACCUGGUUGUAACAGAGAUUACAUUCAUGUCCAUGACAAGGAUGUUGAGAUGUUUCAAAGAUUAGCUGAAUUUCUACGUGAAGCUGUUUCAAAAGUUGAUUGUGGAAAUAACUUGUUUCGGUAUUUGGAUCAUUUACGGGGCUUUGUCAACAACGUAGGGGGUUCAACGGACGUGUCUCCAAAUUUCGGCCCUUUUAUUGUUUGUAUUCUUCGAAGCUGUCUAAAGGUCCUUGGUUCAAAGUCUCGCCCGCUACAUGAGAAGUUAGUUAUAUCAUUGUAUGUUUCUACUACAUCAAAGUAUCUUCUGGAAACUCAGGUUGAAGCUGGACUUUUAUCAUCCAUCAUUUGUCUUAUACUCUCUGAAGGACUCGAGGGCUCUUGCAAAAUUGAUCAGCUUUCCAGUAGACAUUGUGAAUGGAGGCCGUUGAAUAGCUUGUUAUGCUUUGCCAGAAGCCUUAAGGAGAGCCAAGAAGUCUCUGGUAGUUAUGGGACUGAAGGGAACCUUCCUGCAUCUGGUGGUUUGUUUCAUGAUGUUCUUCGUGAAGUUCAAGGAGUAUUAAGGAAUGAAAAUGUGGACUUGUUUAAGUUAUGGCCAGAAAUUUGCUAUGCUGGAGUUCAAGCAGGAGGAACGACUAUAAUAACUGAUAUGCUUGUUCAUGGGCAAGAAUCUUUUUCUCUUGCGUUUGGUUCCUUUGUGAAGGUGGCACCUUUUCAUACUCUCUUUCCUUUUAUUUUCUUCACUGAUGAUUCUAUGUUGCUGGACCAUUCAAAAAUGCGGAAUUUACUUCUGGAUAAGCUCUCUGUGCUGAAGCCUGAGCACUCUAUCUCUGCUUUUCUCCACAUCUUGUUUUGUAUACUUCAAGCGCGGAGGUCUUCUAGAACCAAACAAGUUAAAAAGUUUGAGAAGCUUUGUGAAUCAUUAUUUUUCCUUGCAGAGCACAUCCUCAAACACUUGUUGGUUGAACAAAUUGGCUCUGAUAGCACUUCAAGCGUUCCUUCUCUUUCUUCAGCUUGUUAUAUUCAAGAAGUGGUGGCUCAGGUUGUGUUUUCCCACCCUUUAGUCACUGCUUAUUUAGAGGACCCUUUGACGACUGCCACCAAUAUUAGGGAUGACAUUUUCCACUGGCCACCGGAGAGCUUACGUAACAUGGCUGAAAAGGAAGUUCAUAGAACGGACCAUCUUGUUUUGAACUUAUUAAGAGUAACCUGUGAGCUCCUAGUCAGUUUACCACGUAACUCGGUAUCUCUAUUGGAAGUUGAUCAAACUGGUGGACAAAUUCCAAAGACUUUUGAUGUGCUGGUGCAGAAACUAAUUUUUUCAUUCAAGAAGGGGUUCGUUGAUUGUAUGGAGAGGACAAAAGGUUUGUUCCAUCUAAUUCCAACGUUAAAUGCUUUGAAUAAUCUGAAGGAAUUCAUAUGUCCCUUUGAUCUCUUUGAGUUGGUGGACUGGAUGUUCUCCCAGAUUGAUCAAGCUGAUACUUCAGAUCUCCAUUCUUUCAAAAGUUGCGCUCUCUCUGUUGGUUUACAGGUUGCUUCAUGUGCUUUCGAUUCGCUUAGAGUGUGUAUGCUGUCUUUAAAAGCAAAAGAGCCAGUAUUUGAUUCGUUGAUUGGUGCUUCUGGCAGUAGUCGUGAUGUUGGCUUGUUUGAGAAAUCAUUUUUCUGCAUAUGUGAAAUUGCCACUCGUGUGGAACAAGAGGUUGCUUUUCACUGUUUACUGAAAGCCACUAAGGCGGUUAAAUAUCAUACCAAUAUGGGGAAGAACAGCCUGCAUUUUAUAAUGGCUUCUUCAAGACUUCUAUCGCGUGUUCCACUAAAGUUUCUUUCUCAUUGCAUGCAGAAAAUUACUACCACUAAAGCAGAAUUGUUGUUUAAUCUUUCUGAAAUGAGUUACCUGCAUCUUUUUGCAUUUGGACAUCUGGUGGAUGAUGUAUCAAGUAAAUAUUCACUUUCUGAAGUCAAUAUGAAGGAAGCUGACGAGUUUUUCUUGCUUCUUCCCACCAUCCUUCUGUACACUGAUGCUGCCCUUUUGAAAUUUGGUGCGGAGCAUUAUCGACAUUUUGAGAAUGUAACUACUUUAUUUUGGAAGAUAGUUUCGCAGGGCCUAUCUGACUGGAACACCUUUGUUUCUAAGGAUAUAUUUGCGGCCAAACAUGUUCAGUGUUUGCCUUCAUCAAUCGGAGAACUUCUUAAUCUUUUCUCUUCCACUCUUCUUGGAAAAGCAGUACUUCUGACGCAACUCUACCUAGGUGCGAGUGGGCAUUUGGUAGAAAUCAAAGAAAGAUUGAAUCUAUUUGAUAAACUUUGCCCACAUACCAGUGCAUCUGUUGGGUUUUUGGACUGGGAUGUCAGCAAUCAUGUUUUCUCUUCAUUUGAACAACCUUUGAAUUUUGCAAAUAGAAUUAUUGCGAAGAUACGCUUUUGUAGGGUGCUGUUAAGCCUCGAGCAUUGUCAGUCUGAGCCCUACUCGGAAGAUGGAAAAUCGAUUGGGAACCUCUCAGAGUUUAGCACUUCAAGAAACCGGUUUCUGAGUGUCUUGGUCUUUUCAUGGAUACAUAUUGUUGAGAAAUUUCAAGCCAAGGACAGGAACUAUGCAAUCUUCAGAUUUUUGGAAGUCUUUGUUGCUGAGAAUAUAUUGGAAUCGAUAGGAGGCACGUAUGAUUGUUUGAGUGUAUGGGACGCUUUUCCUUUCGAGCAACUUGUUGAAGCUUUUCUUCGUCAUAGAUUUGAGGAUCCUUAUACAUUAAAAAUGCUUCAAAAUGUUCUUACUUUGCUGCCAAAUGGAAAGUUCUCUUGUGUUCCUAUUCUUCAGCGGCUACUUGAAGAUGAUGACCCCCAAAUAUCUCCAACCAUUCUUUUUGACCAUAAAUCUUCUAGUUCUCAAAUGGGCGUUUCUUUUACGGAUAGCAGCAGGAUAAUGAAGUCAUUUGUGUUUCCUUUUGCAGCAGAAAAUACUGAUGGAAAAAACAGUUGUCAAACAAUUGAACCUUACAUGAAGAAGUUGGAAUUGGUUAAGUUGCUGAGGCUUCUUGUUAAUAUCACCAGUCAGCAAGAGAGUUUUGAUUCCAGAACACGCAGAGACAAGAAAGUGAAAGAAUUGGUCUUGUUACUGUUGUCAUCUUAUGGGGCAACCACGAGUGAGAUUGAUCUAGAAAUAUACAAUCUCAUGAAUGAAAUUGAGACUGUUGAUCAAUCACAUUUUGAACUUGUUGCUGAGUGGGAUUACCUAUGGGGCUCUGCAGCUAUUAACGUCAGUACGGAACUAGAACGGGUGCAGGGUUUAUCUUCUUUUCAUUUACAGGAUGAUGAAGUAAUUGCUGAACAGCGACGGAAUCGAUUCAGAGAAAAUCUUCCUGUUGAACCCAAAUUAUGUUUGAGGACUGUUCAUUAUUUUCCUUAUAAUAGAUCUGCUGCUGAUCUAAGUCCAAGUAAUACUGAUACUGAUAAUUUUUACCAGAAACAUAGUGGAUGUUCUAGGAAGAUCUAUGUAUAUGAUCCAUUGUUCAUCUUGCGUUUCGGAGUUCAUGGUCUUGCGAUGGAAUAUAUUGAGCCCUUGGAGUUCGCUAGUUUGGGUUUGCUUGCUGUUGCAUUUAUGGCUUUGUCUUCACCUGAUACCGAUAUAAGGAAGUUGGGCUAUGAAGCUAUUGUAAAAUUCAAGAGUGUUCUAGAGAGAUGUCCGAAGAGGAAGGAUGUGAUGCGACUCCGUCUUUUGUUAUCCUACUUGCAAAAUGGUAUAGAAGAAGAGUGUCAAAGGAUUCCUUCCAUAACUGCUGUAUUUGUUGCCGAAGCUUCUCUUAUUCUGUUGGAUUCUUCUAAUCAUCUUCAUUCAUCUUUAAGUAAAGCUCUCAUGCGAGCUUCAGGUGCUAAUUUUAAGGGCAUACCCUUCUUCCAGGAAUUUUUUUGGAGUUGUUCUAUUAAUUUCAAGACUGAGAGGUUAUGGAUGCUUCGUCUUCUAAACUCAGCUCUAGAUAUGGAUGAGGAUGCUCUGAUACUUGUCAGAAACUCCACUUUUCAGACCCUUCUGAAUUUCUAUACUUCUCCUCUUUCAGAUGCUGAGUCAAAGGACCUGAUUGUUCAGAUGGUUAAGAAGUCUGUCAGAAUACGGGAAGUAGCACGGAACUUGGUUGAAUACUGUGGCAUGAUUCCUUGGUUGUCGUCUAUUAUUGCAUCUUUUCAUUGGAUGUUACUCAAAGACCAAAACAGCUUUCCUUAUGAAAAGUUAGCAGCCAUGCUGGAGGUGGCUAAUGAUAUUAUUUCAUCUAGAUGGAUUAGCGAAUGGGAGUAUCCCUUCGAGCCACUUGCUGAAAUUGCAUCGCAUCUAUUCAGAAUCUUAGUUGGUGGCACAAGAUUUACAGAACAACAAACCAGAACCACUGAUCAGAUUCUACAGCUAUUGAUGACAACAUUGAAGCUCUCACAAAAGAGAGAAGUUUAUAAGCCACAUUUUACCCCAUCUUUUGAAAGUUUAUUUAAAUUGUAUCAAGCCAUUGAUAAAUGUUGCGGUAAACAGUUCUGUUCGAUUGCGGAGAUUGGACUUAAAGCUAUACUUAUGAGUACUCCCCAACCUGCAAUUUUUGAUAUGGAUGAACACAUGCUUUUUGAGUUCACAAGCUGGGCAAUUUCAACUGCCAUUCAGUCCCGCCUGAUGAAAGUGACUAAACCUGAAGCACCAUGGUGCAAUUUAUCAAAUAUACCAGAAGAAGAACUUGAAGAGGAUCUUCUGUCAAAGCUUUUACGAUGGCUGACUGCUUCGGUGAUUAUUGGAAGGAACGUUUCGAAGUCUAUUCGUACUUCUAGAUUGGAGCUGAGUACACUGCAUUCUUUGUUGGAGGGCUGUGAAAAUGUACUAGGAAACCAAAAUGACCACAACUGCAUACAGGUUUUAGGCUCAUCGAUUUUUCACCUGCAACAGCUGCUAAGCACAAAGUGGGAAUUACUUCCAUCUGUUGUCUCUGCACUUUGCCUUCUCCUCUUUUCUGGUACCUCUCCAGAUUCGCUGCUUGGUGAUGAUUGGAUUUCUGUUACAUCCCUCUUGGAGAAAGUGAAAAGCCCACCAGAAGCUCAUCCUGACUGGAGAUGGUCAUUUGAUGAGCCUUGGAGAGGUUCCUCCUUGGAGCGUUCGGAAGGGGAGAAGUUGGAAGAAUUCCAAGCUUGCCAAAAGCUUUUAGCGGUAAUUUCCAAGUUGCUUGGACCGAAACCUCUAUCAACCGGUUUUCUCUCACUGGAAGAAGUCGAAAAAUCGAAAAGUAUUAGAGUUGAGAAACCAUAAUCGACCCUAACUGAUGGUUUUCGUAGAUGUAUAUAGCACAACAUUAGCGAGCGAGUGCACCACUAACCCUAUAGAGAAGCUUAAGUGUACAACCUGUCAAAAGUUUCGUGUUAGGAGUUCAUUCAUCACUAGCUUAAUUCAGUUCAGGCUUAAAACAUCUGAUAGGUUAGUUGAUAGAUUCCUAUUGUCUGUGUGUCUAAAUAUAGCUCAUUUUGUUGUUAUUUGUUUUUUUUUUUUUUAAUUAUCAUUGGUCGACAAAUGUAACAGUUGUUGCGUUUUCAGUUCUUUUUCUUUUUUUGAAUUUUUUUUUAAAAAUAAAAUCAUAUUGGC